AUGAAGGUGUCCUUUUUACAGGUGUCCAGCGGCAGCGUGCUUAGUGCAGACAUGCGAGUUGAGGCUGCUCGAUAUGAACUCGACGCUAUGGAACGCUUCUUACAGACCGUUCGCAAGCUUCGAGAUUUCGAACGGCGGUACUUCCUCGAACGCGAGUACGAGUAUGUCAUGCAGCUGGCUCAAGCGUAUGAUCGCGGCAUUAUCAACUUCGAGAAAUGGACGGAAUACUCGACCGGUCUCAGGAAUUUACUGGACAAACAUCCCAAGCCGGCGACAAAGUUCCAACUGAAUGGGCGUUCGUAG